AUGGAGGAAUUCAAAUUGCCAAUGUCACAUAAACAAAAUAAUUUUUAUCAAGAUUUAAAACAUUUUAUAAAAAAUGAUUCAAAUGCAUCUUUCAUAGCUGGAGGUAUAGCCGGAGCAGUUUCAAGAACUGUAGUUUCACCAUUUGAAAGGGCUAAAAUUUUGUUACAAUUACAAGGUCCCGGGACUAAUCAAGCUUAUCAUGGAAUGUUCCCCACAAUAGCCAAAAUGUAUAAAGAAGAAGGUUGGAGAGGAUUAUUUAGAGGUAAUACUUUGAAUUGUAUUAGAAUAUUUCCUUAUAGUGCUGUUCAAUUUGCAGUUUUUGAAAAAUGUAAAAAUCUAAUAUUAAGUUAUAGAAAACUACAUAACCUAAAUAGUCCACAACUAAGAAAUAAUCAACUAACUGGUUUAGAAAGAUUAUUUGCAGGAUCAAUUGCAGGUAUAGCCUCAGUAGCAGUAACAUAUCCAUUAGAUUUAGUAAGAGCAAGAAUUACUAUACAAACGGCAUCAUUAAAUAAAUUACAAAAGGGGAAAUUAUCAAAACCACCAACAGUAUGGGGAACUUUAAAAGAUGUUUAUAAACAUGAAGGUGGGAUAUUAGCAUUAUAUAGAGGUAUAAUACCUACAACUUUAGGAGUUGCACCUUAUGUUGCAAUAAAUUUUGCAUUAUAUGAAAAAUUAAGAGAAAUGAUGAAUGAGUCGCCAAAAGAUUUUUCAAACCCAAUUUGGAAAUUAUCAGCUGGGGCAUUCAGUAGUUUUGUUGGUGGUGUAUUAAUUUAUCCUUUGGAUGUAUUAAGAAAAAGGUAUCAAGUUGCAAGUAUGGCAGGUGGAGAGUUAGGAUUUCAAUAUAGAUCUGUUAGUCAUGCUUUGUAUUCUAUGUUUAAACAUGAAGGAUUUUUUGGUGCAUACAAGGGAUUAACUGCUAAUUUAUAUAAAAUUGUUCCAUCAAUGGCUGUACUGUGGUUAUGCUAUGAUACUUUAAAAAGUUGGAUAGAAAAGUGGUGA